UGCACACGACAUUUGCAACCACAAGUUCGAUACAUACAACACUAGUUAAAAACCGAGCCCUGGCAGUUUUUGUGCAAAGAGUUGAGGUGCGACAUUGACACAAGUAUUGAUGACAAGUUGCAACAUAGAUUUAGAUGUUAUUCUGCAGAAGAACUUACUCAAGGAAUGCUGUUUUCUGACUUUUUUGUACAAGCUGUAUAGGCAGCACACAUAAAGGCUAGAAUUGAUCUGGAUCUCAAAAAUGAAGAAGUUCUACUCUCGACCUCCCAGUGUCAAGGCAAAGAAACUCGCAGAUGAGUACUCCACGGGAGAAUUGGUGACACCAUGUCGUCUGCUGCUGGUUCUGGUUCUUUCCUGUAUAAUGAUUGCUGCGAUAUCUGUUAGUGUUAGUAAAAAGAAGAUAGAGCUAGAGGAAAACGUCAUUAAAAGGGGGAUAAAUCUAGUGGACUUUCCAUAUCAAUUUGACUUUAAUGCAGCUUUAAAAACAAGAGAGGAGAAUUUGGAGUCAUACAAGAGACCCCUAAAUUCAUGGUCUGUUGACAAAAGAUUCACACUUACACUAGAGGAAUUCUGGGAUAUAUAUGAUGGAAAAUGGCCAGUUAUUAUUACUGAUGUUGUACAACAUUGGCCAGCCUUCAACUGGACAAAAGAUUUUUUCAUUAAAAAGUAUGGAAGACAGAGGAUUACAUUCAAAGCUAUAGUAGAUGGCAUCCAGCAUGUGACAGGAUAUGUGCGAUCUUUGGAGGAUUUUAUCAGUACACUCCACCAAUCUAAUGUGAACACAUGGAACUACCUGGAGGAUGAAAUGUUUAUACUACAGAGACCAGAGCUGAGAGAGGACAUAAGAGAACAUAUUUAUGCAUCAGAAAAUUUUUUCUCUUUCUUCCCUUCUGAAAUUCGCCCCUGGGAUGCAGCUUUUUUGUGGGGAUCUAAACAUUCUCGUUCCACCCUGCACAUGGACCCGUACAACUGGACAGCCAUCAGUUCAGUCCUCAGUGGGGUGAAAAAGUGGAAGCUUUUCCUUCCUGGUCAGGACCAUCUUUUGUAUGUAGAAAAAAGUUCUUGUGGAUUUCCCCUAGAGUGUAUAAGAUACAAUAGCCCUCUUGAUGCUUUUGACCCAGAUCUGAGACAAUAUCCCAAGUUUAGCCAGGCUCAGUAUGUGGAGACAGAGGUAUAUCCAGGAGAGAUGCUCAUUAUUCCUACAGGCUGGUUCCACCAGGCAUAUAAUGUUGAAGAAACUAUGGCAAUAUCCAGUCAGCUGAUGAACAGAAAUAAUUAUCUUGUAGUUCUAGAAGAAAUUAUAAAAGGAGGUGGUGUUAAACGGAAGAAAUUGCCGGCUCAUUUUGACACUUUGUUACCCCCUGAUCAGGUGAAACUUUUUCUAUCUCUCAUUUCCAAGAAGAUAUUACAAAAAGGGAAAGAACUUACAGAGAUGGUGUCCAGAAUGGUGUAUGAAGUCCCAGUUUCUUAGAUUUAACAAGUAUAUAAAAUAUAAAGAUUUUAACAAUAGUGAAAAUAAUGCCAUUCAUAUUUAACAUGUAUGCCUUUUUUAUAAUUUAAACCUUUAAAGCAAUAUUAUACUUAAUCCAUUAUAUUAAUUAGUAUGAUUUAUGUCCCUAUUUUAUGCAAAGCUCUCUUUCUCUAUAAAUAGAGCAAUGUUCAUAAAAAUAAUCAAUCAAUCUUCAGUGAUCAUGAGCCCAUAUGAACAGGUGUAUUUAUUUAAAAGGGAAGAAGUUGCAAAUCAGAUGACAUAUUAUGUAUCCUUGUUUGUGCUGUCUGCAAAGCAGAAAGCACUUCUUGAUAAUUUUGUCUGCCUGAUGGCCAGUUGUUCCCAAUGUUAUGUUAACCUCAUUAGAAUGGUCUUUGAAUUGACAGACCCUUCAUGAAAAUGCUGAAAUUUUGACAUCGAAUUUAUGACAAUAAACUACUUUAUUAAAGAAGAAGUUAGUCUUUGUGAUGCAUGUGUAUGUAGGACUCUCACAUAUACACAAUCAAAUUUGUCAGGGUUGUAUUCUUCAUAUUUUUUUUUUCAAUUUUGAUGUACUAUUUUGAGCAUUGCAUACUUUUACUAUAUAUAGGUUAGGAGAAGGAUGUAAGAAGACUAUAUACUUCUUUUUACAUGUUCUUUUUAAUUUUUUUUUUUUUUUUGUGAAAGUUGUUUAUCAAUUUUUUCUAUCAAUGGCAUUAUGAAUUACUCUAUAGGACUAUUUAUGACCAACUUGAAAAAAAUGGAAUAUUUAUUAUCUAUUUUAAUUAUGAUAUAUAGGCUGUUUUUAUA